GCGCCUUCUCUAACCCCAAUUCGCCGCCACCUCGUCCUCGUCCUCGUCCUCCGCACCUUCCCCUUCUCCAUUAAUGGCGAAAGGCGACGAGGAGGAGGAGGAGGAGGCGGAGGCGAUGCGGGGGGAGGGCGCGGAGGAGUACUCGGCCUCGGCCACCGUCGUCCCCUUCGACCCGCCGCUCCCGCUCCUGCGCGGCCCCGUCGCCGCCGCCGCCGACGACGACCCGGCCGCGGGGCCCUUCGUCCUCGCCUUCCGCGACGCCCGGAGCUGGAGAUUGGCUUAUCGCGCCGCGGAGUCCAAGGUCCGGGAGCAGUGCGAGGCUGGUGCGCGAGUUGGGUGCUCAAUCACUGCCUCCAACAAAUGCAGGCCUCCAUGGUGGAAGAUCCUAUUCGGGAAUUCAGCGGCAGAUUUUGCAGAUAGAGAGCGGUGCGAAGAGCGUGAGAUGGCUUUAUGUCUCGCGGCGUCCAAAGAAGCCUGUAUUGAGUUCGCAAAGGAGAAGUGCCUCCCGCCCUUCAGAGAUGCGAGGAUCGCCUCGGGCAAUCUGCUACAAAAUUCAGAAUUCGUCCUUUGGGGUAGCGAGGAUCCAGAUAUCUCAUCGAAUUCUGAAACCUUAGAGGGAUUUGGUUGCAAUCUUGGAGCUACAAGUUAUAGAGGAAGUGUUCUAAUGAUGAGUUCAUCUGCUGGAAAUAGUGGAAAAACAUGAAAAAGCCUAUAUCCUGAUAAUGUGAUUGUUCUGUGCAGUGUGUAAAUUCUAAAUUAAUCACUUGUAAAAUAAUUUGUACUUGAGAAAAGGUGAAUAAUUUUGCUAAUUGUUUGAAUUCUCGAGCUGCUGAUUGUUAUGCUUCAGGGGGA